UUAGUACACGUUAAUGCAUCCACCCGACCAAGCAAGACCAUGAGUCUGACUGCAGAGGACCACAGAAUUCCUCUCAGGGAUGGGAACCGUAUACCGCUCCUGGGACUGGGCACGUAUGGAGACCCUCGGACGACACCAAAGGGGACGGUGCUGGAAUGUGUCAAACUGGCCAUUGACACGGGCUACAGGCAUUUUGACGGCGCCUUGGUCUACUUCAACGAACACGAGGUGGGUCAAGCCAUCAGGGAAAAGAUUGCAGACGGAACCGUGAGAAGAGAGGACAUCUUUUACUGCGGAAAGCUGUGGAAUACUUUCCAUCCACCGGAACUGGUGAGACUGGCCUUGGAGAGGACCCUGAAGACACUAAAACUGGACUACGUAGAUCUCUACAUCAUUGAACUUCCGAUGGCCUUCAAGCCUGGAAAUGACUUCUACCCGAAAGACCAGGAUGGAAAGUACAUCUACCACCACACAGACCUCUGUGCAACAUGGGAGGCUUUAGAGGCGUGUGUCGACGCAGGUCUGGUCAAGUCUCUGGGAGUGUCCAACUUUAACCGCAGACAACUUGAGCUGCUUCUCAACAAACCAGGACUGAAACACAAGCCCGUGUCCAACCAGGUGGAAUGUCAUCCAUAUUUCACGCAGACCAAACUUUUGGACUAUUGUCGUCAGAAUGAGAUUGUCAUUGUUGGCUAUUGUCCCCUCGGCUCCUCCAGAGAUGAAUCCUGGGUAAAUGUCAAGUGUCCUCCCAUGCUGGAGGACGAGCUGCUGGUGUCCAUCGGCAGGAAGUACCACAAGAGCAGUGCUCAGGUGGCGCUGCGCUUCAACGUGCAGAGAGGUGUGGUGGUCAUUCCUAAAAGCUUCAGUCCGCAGAGGAUCCAACACAACUUCCAGAUAUUCGACUUUUCACUCGCCGAGGAAGAAAUGAGGGCCAUCGAGGGUCUGAACAAGAACAUUCGCUUUGUGGAGCUCCUCAUGUGGAGCGACCAUCCCGAAUAUCCCUUUCAUGAUGAAUUCUAAUAGUGGCACGCUUUGUUGAAACAAUAAAAUGAGAGAAUAAAAUGGA